AUGGUCAAGGCCGUCUCCGAGUCUGCGCGGGAGCGGGAGACGCUCAGAUACGAAGCUGCCAGCAUCGCCGCCACCUCCCUCUUCGACCCGGCGCCGUCUCCGUUCCCAUCUUCAUCUCCGUCUUCGUCUUCACGCACCGCAGACUCGGCCUACACUCCCGAUCCCAUCCUAACCGCGGUCGCCCAACUCGCUGUCCUGAGGCUGAGUGCGUCACGCGCCUACGUAUCCUUCUUCGACAAGAAGUAUCAGUACAUCCUAGCCGAAGCCACCCAGUCGUCGUCGAUCCGCCACAACCAGCCCGACCAUGGAGAGUGUCACCUCCGUGGGAAGGCUUUGCCCCGGUCCGACACCAUCUGCGAAAAUGUUCUCCUCCAGACCAAUGACCAAGAGGACGAAGCUUCACCCCAAGGGUCCGACGCUGCCCUCCCUAUCUCCAUCUUCUCGGACCUGGCAGCCGAAUCUCGCUUUUCUUGCGCCAACAACGUUCUCGCCCAGCCCGACUUGCGCUUCUACGCCGGUAUCCCAAUCAGGUCCCCUCGGGGCGUCAACAUCGGCGUGUUCGCCGUACUGGACAUGGAACCGAGAACUGAGCUUCAACCCGAAAUCCUCCACUUUCUGCGGGACAUGUCCUCCACCGUUACAAGUCACCUCGAGAUGAAGCAGACACACGCCAGCUUGAAACGUAACGAGCGCAUGGUUCGCGGUCUGGGAAGCUUUGUCGAAGGCGCCGGUAGCAUGUCUUUUAAAGAGGAUGUCUCCAACAUGACCUCUUUUCAAGAUUCUGGCGCUGAGGGCUCCCUCAAUGUCCACCAACAGAACCUGCAGGAUCAACAGCAGGGUCAGGGGCAAGAGCGUCCUCCGGCCUCCGGCCUUUCCGCGCUUCCACUCGGCGCCUCGGAGUCGCCUUCAUCUUCGGAAGAGGGACCUCGAUCACCGGGAUCCCCCCGGCCACCCAGGAGCCGUGACGCAGGUCAAGCGCCCGGAGUAUCGCUAUCGGCCUCGAGCAUGGUGACAUUCACAGCCGAAAAUUCAGAGGACGAACACUUGUCCUCCAUCAAGUCUAUGUUCUCGAGGGCCGCCAACAUCAUCAGGGAGUCCAUCGAGGUGGAAGGCGUCGUGUUCCUUGAUGCGAGUAUUGCGUCUUUUGGGGGGCUUGUAACCAACGACACUAGCACUAGCAGCUCUAGCCACUCAAAUCCCUCGUAUUCGUCUAGCAGCGAAGAGAGCCUCAUCGAUCAACGCGACAGUGGUCAGGACAAGACGUGCAACAUACUCGGAUUUUCAACCUCCUCGGCGUCUAGUGUUGACUGCGAUGCCGCUACCUCGUACCAAGGUAAAGUUCCCGAGAAGUUCCUCAAGACUUUGCUCCGACGUUAUCCCCAGGGGAAGAUAUUCAAUUUCGAUGAGGAAGGUUGCAUGAGCUCAGGGGAGUCCUCGGAAGAAGACGUGCUGAAGCCUUCGGCUCCAGCAGACAGCAAAGCUUCCGAUGAAUCCCCAGGCCAUGAAGACUUAAAAUCGCGGGUUCGCCUCGCGAGGCCGUGGUCCCGACGGAACGAGGGUAUUUCUAUUAUCAAAAUCCUCCCAGGCGCGAGGAGUGUCAUGGUAAUUCCUCUGUGGGAUUCUAACAAGGAGAGAUGGUUCGCUGGCGGCCUCAUCUGGACGUGCACCCCGUUCCGUGUGUUCACCAAGGAAGGGGAAUUGAGUUAUCUCCGAGCUUUCGGUACCACCAUGUAA